AUGGGCACGAAGCGGAAAAAGGGAGACGAGGUGGCGCCGCCGCACGUCUCGAGUCUCUUGUACGCGGCCGCUGGGCGCCCCCCGCGGUCCACGACGACGUCACAAUCGAAUGCAGCGGGUGCGUCCACUUCACGCCGCUUCGGCUUCAAAGGGCCGUCGAUCUCGCAGCUUCCGACGCCAGUUGUUCCAUCUGCAGCCUCGACGUCUACGGCGUUGACCAGAGCAAAGCGGCCCCGCGUCGCAUGUGCGUCGCAAUCAGCAGGUGGAGAAGAUGGGACGACGGAGACGACAGGAGACGCAGUCGAGCGGACGCUGUCGGUCGAUGUGGAUGUCCACGUCCUGGCGCAGUUUGACGAGCGCUUUGGCAAAGAGACUGUGGCAGCGCUGGAGCAGCUGCUGGCGUUUCGUCACAAGACGAACAAAUUUGCAGUCAAAGCGCGAAAAGAAGAGCAGAUCGGCUACAUUAAGCAGCUGAAGGCUGGCGUGCGCGACGUGCUGACCAAGAUCGAAGAGUUUGGCAAAACGUCGGCGGCAAUCGAUGAGAAACUCGUGGCGGAGAAAGCGACUCUAGAGACAAAGGUGGCAGUCUUGCAGCAGGCCGCAAGAAACAAGGACUGCUCGGAAGCUGAGUUGAAGCGGCUGCGGAAAGAGCAGGACAUGAUGCAGAAAAGCAUUGGACGCAUUCGUGCGUCAGAGCAAGAGGCUGUGCGCAGCAACGCUGUACUGCGGGACAAUGCAGCCAAGCUAGAGAUACAGCUUGAAGAGACCCAGAAAGUGAACGAACAGAUGCAACUAACGUUGAAAGCUCACGAAGCACGCGUAGUCGACGAAUCGCAUCGCUUUGAAGAAAGAAAGCGUGAACUGGAGCAGUUGCAUGAGAAGAGAGUGCAGGAAGAGAGCAAACGUACGCAGGCCGAGGUGGAAAAAAUGCAAGAGCAGCUCGGCAAGACUCGUGAAGAGCUUGCUUUGGUACACAAAGAUAUCAACAACUACAAGGACAAGGCUCUUGAAGCUGCAAACAGCCUCAACGACGAGCGUGAACGACGCAUUAAGUCCGAGAUGGAGAGGUGCACUCUUGAAGCAACGAAUCAGUCGUUGCAGGCUCGUGUCAGCAUCGCAACGAGCGAAGUGGCAGAACUGAAGGAGAAGCUGCAGCACAAAGACGAAGAGAUGUCGAAUCUUGUCAAAAGCUUGACUGACAUGCAGAAGUUUAACGCGUCUGCAAGCACAAAAGUUGAAGCCGAUAAAAGAGAGCUUGCUGACAAGAUCGAGCAGCUUCACGCGACCAUCCGCGAUCUCGAGCGACAGGAGUCGUCAAGCUCUACAACAGCGCGCGACCUUAGCAAGCAACUAGAGUUGGCAGUACAGUCCCAGAAAAAGGCGGAACAGAGUGAGCAAGCAAUCUGUGCCCGGAUGAAGAAGCUAGAAUCGGAGCUCAACUCGAACGUGCAAAAGGUGGGUGUAGAAGGGGGUGUUCGCCAAAUGCUCGAGAACCAAGUGCGCGAACUCCGGACAGAACACAUUGCUGUGAAUGCGCAGCUGGAAGCAGUGAAGGCAGAGAUGACGCGGCUCCAGUCCGCAAAUGCAGACUCAAGGGAGCAGCACGCUUCGCAACUUGGUGCCCUGAAAGCAACGUUCCAGCAGGAGAGGGACGACUUUAGGUACCAGAUUGAUGAGCUGCAAGAGGAGAAAGUCAGCUUGGAAAGCGAAGUACAGACCUUGCGAACGCGAGUCUCGUCAGCUCGUGAUGGAGAUGUCGAGGAGCUGUGUAAGGUGCAGCGUGAGGCCGAUGUUUUGCGCCGGCGUCUGGGCGAGCUGACAAGUCAAGGCGCUCAAUCGAUUGCUCAGAAGGAUUCCAUGAUCUUGGAAUUGCAAGAGAAAAUCAAGCAGGGUGACAAACUGCGAAGAGCGAUGCACAACACUAUCCAGGAACUGCGUGGAAACGUGCGAGUGUUUGCCAGAACACGUCCAUUCCUGCCCUCUGACCGCUGCGAUCCGAAUACAACAACCCCUGUCAUUUCGUGUGAGUUUGACGGGGUAAGCCUGAAGUUGCGUCGACCCGGAAAGAAUCCAUCAGAGCCGGACACGUUUCCAUUCACGUUCGACAAAGUGUUCGCUCCUUCUUCGGGCCAGGACGCAGUGUUUGAGCAGGUCUCAGAGUUUGUCCAGUCUUCGUUGGACGGAUAUCAUGUCUGUCUGUUUUCGUAUGGCCAGACCGGUUCCGGCAAAACACACACGAUGCAAGGAAGCGGUAAUGGCCAGAUGCGCGGGAUCAUUCCGAGGGCAAUCGAAAAGAUUCUGCAUGAGUGUGAAUCAUUGAAGCACGAGGGAUGGGACUAUGCCACGAAAGUGUCGUUUCUGGAAAUAUACAACGAAAGUCUGAAGGAUUUGCUAGCCACGAAACACAACAGUGACGAAAAGCUUAGUAUCAAGAAAGAUGCGAAGGGGGGCGUGUAUGUUCCAGGAUUGACAGUUGUGGACGUCACUUCGACGGAACAAGUUGAAGAGCUCAUGGAACGCGCGAACAGAGCACGACGUGUGGCACGUACGGACAUGAAUGCGCAGUCGUCGCGGUCACACAGUGUGUUCACAUUGCACUUGCAAGGCGUGAAUGACAAGGGAGGCGUGAUGCUGAAUGGUCAGUUGAACCUUGUCGACUUGGCUGGCAGUGAACGUGCUUCUCGCUCCAACGUUUCGGGUGACCGUUUGAAGGAGACACAAGCGAUUAACAAGAGUCUCAGCUGUCUGGCCGAUGUCUUCAAUGCGAUCGGAAACAAGUCUUCACAUAUUCCGUUCCGCAAUUCGAAGCUGACGUACUUGCUCCAGAGCAGCCUGUCUGGUGAUGGCAAGACACUGAUGAUGGUCAAUCUAUCGCCAACGCUGGAAUCAGCAAGCGAAAGUCUAUGCUCGCUGCGAUUUGCAAAGCAAGUAAACCAGUGCGAGCUGGGCAAACCAAGACGGCAGAUCAAGUCCAGGAAAGACGGCCCGUGA